AUGACUCGAUCCCAGGAGCCUGGAAAUCCUAACAGCCUUAUGGAGGUAGGCUUCUCCACUGGGGACAUCAAUGCCGAAUUCAUGCCAGAGCCAGAGUCAGAGUCAGAGUCAGAGUCAGAGUCAGAGUCAGAGCCAGAGUCAGAGCCAGAGUCAGAGCCAGAGCCAGAGCCAGAACAAGAUCAUUGA